AGGUCAGUUAAUGCUACUUAGAUCAUACUUCUUAGGUUGUUUAUUUUUGUACCUUUAAGCUUACGAUGUCAACUUUUCUGGUACCCACUAGCCCCAUGUGUUGGUCCAUCCCUUCUUUUCCCGCGCGGCCCUUCCCGCCCCUUCUCAUUCAUCAACGAUCGUCAAUCGAGGCAUCGUGACAGUUUAUGAGCCCUCAACCAAAUAUUUUCGACUAUCCAACGCCAGCAAUUUUUGUUUACCGCAGAGAUAUGAGCCAGAUAGUCUACUCCUCUCACACAGUGUGGAGCGUCUGUCGUGCUCGCCGGCCCCCCGGCCCGGCCGCAUUAGUCUCGCUAAGGUGACGAACAACACUCAAGCGAAACGUACGAAAGUGGAAACCAGGCAAGAGGAUGGUGAUGGCAUAGGCUCAGUGUCAACAAUUGACGCGCUGGGCAGUUUUAUGCAAGUGGAAAGGAUGUGCAUUGUAGUCUGA